UAUUCACGUCAGUGAUUAUUUGAAUGAGUGACUUAUUGGUUUUAGUAAUUUUUAAAACAAUUUUCAUUGCAUUUUUGGGCUUAAAGUUACAAGUAUUAUUGUAAUACCAGCCAAAUAACUAACUUUAAAAUAUCUGAUACAAAACAAAAUGCACGGUCGAGUAAAAGUACGUACUACAGAGGAAGAACGGGCGAGAAAAGAGAAGGAACGCCAAGAAAAGCUUAAAAUUUACAAACAUGCUAUGCAACAAAUAUUUCAUAAGAGAAAAGAAGGUGAACUGGAUAAGAACCUCCUAGAACUGACUGGAAAGGUUUUGUCAUCAAAUCCCGAUAUUUAUACUCUCUGGAACAUCAGAAGGGAAAUACUUAUAAUUUUGAAAAAAGCUGAUGAAAGUGAAGAAGAAAUGUCUCAAUUGUAUGAUGCUGAGUUGCAAUUAACUGAAUAUUGUUUGAAAAUAAACCCUAAGUCUUACUGCGCAUGGCAUCAAAGAGAAUGGGUGCUAACAACUAGAGCUAAUCCCAACUGGGAGAAGGAAUUGUCCCUGUGCAAUAUGUACCUGAAGUUUGAUGAAAGAAAUUUCCAUACAUGGGACUACAGAAGAUUUGUUGUCAGUCAAUGCAAGCCGCCACUGAAAGAUGAGUUUGACUUUACUACUGAUAAACUAAUGGACAAUUUCUCCAAUUAUUCUGCCUGGCAUUACAGAAGUAAAAUGCUUGUGGAACUCUAUCCUGAUGUUGAAGGUGGACGCCCAAUUGAAGAUAGUCAUCACAAGCAUGAGUUGAAAAUGGUCCAAAGUGCAGCUUUUACUGAUCCCGAUGACACCAGUGCAUGGUUUUAUCAAAGAUGGCUUCUAGGCGCAGUCAAAACAAACAUAGAGGUGGCAGUUUAUACAGUAUCACCAUUGAAAACUACAGUAGCAUUUAGUAAACCAGUGAACCAAACCUAUGUAGCUUCUAAGAUUAGGUUAUUUAUUAACAACGAUCUAGUAAAUGGUGAAUGGCAGUCUUGUUCAGGAAACCAAUAUGAUGUUCUGUGGAUUUUCAAACAUAAUACUGAUGUUACUGACAGUUUAGACGUGAAGAUGGAGUAUGACAAUGAAAAUGGGGAUGUUCAGAAAAUUCCUGGUGUUAAACAAAAUGGCAAUACCUAUGUUGGUAAAGGAGAAAUCGAUUUCCAGAGAAAAUAUUCAAAACCAGUAAUUGAAGAACUAAUUAAUCAACUGGAUUCUUGUCGUCAAUUGUUGGCUAUGGAGCCUGAUAAUAAAUGGACUCUUCUUACAACUACAGUUUUUCUACAUUGUAUUGAUGCAAAGCAAUAUCACAAGGAGAUUAUAGAAAACUUGCAUACAUUGAAAACUAUAGAUAGCUGGAGAGCCGGUUACUACGAUGAUUUGAUUACGAAAUGGAGUUUAGAAGAUCAACUUGCAAUUGAUUACAAAAGUGAUUCUAUAGAUUUCAAAAUCAAGUUCGAUGAUAAAAUCACAAGUUUACCUCACUUGCAGUACUACAGUCACUGUGAGAAUGUUGAUUUAUCUAAUCAGAACUUAUCGUCUAAUGUGUUAGCUUCGUUAGAAUUGCUACAAAAUUGCAAGAAACUUUCAUUAGCAAACAAUCAACUGACAACUUUACAGAGAUUCCCUAAUUUAAAUCUAGAGGAAUUAAAUUUAACAGGAAACAAUGAUUUAGAUCAAGAGGAGUUGGAAGUAUUCAAGAAAAACUGCAACUAUUCCGUUAUAUUCUGAAGUAUAUGUUGACACCUCUCGGUGGUAAAUAUAAUACAUUUAUACAUUAUGAUAUUUUAAAAUAAUCUAAAUCUUAUAUUACAUUGUUAGUCAUAAAAUGAACAGGUUACAUACUAAGCGUACUUUGCAACACAGAACGCAAUUAGGAGGUGUAAAGCUUUACUGAGUGCCCAAAGGCGAAGGCAUUUAAACACUAGUAGAAUAAAUAUAUAGAAAUAGAACAUGUCAAAUCACACAUCAAGUGUCUAUACACUUGUUCUACAUGCGUUUACAUGUUAUUUGUCUAGAAGAGCAAUUCAAGAAAGCUUAUAGCAUUAUACAUUUCACUGCACUUUUAAAGAUUAUAUUUCUGUACUUCUUUACCACAUAAUUCCCUUUCAGCAUGAUGUUCAACUCCUUGAUUGCGUUCUAUGUAGUAAGGUCUUCUUUGACCAAAAUGUCCACAUAACAAUUAAUUUAAUUGCUACUCCUUUGGACAGACAUAAGUGCCUACAUCUAAUUAUACCAACAAUAACAAAAAUAUACUAAAUAGUGAUAAUGUCACUGAUAGGUUCACCAGGCGACAAGGUCACAUAACACACUUACAUUUAUUAGAAAAAUAUAAUGAAUUAUCGAAAAAAUGUGUUCAACAUAAAUAAAACAACAGAUAAAAAUAUGAUAAAGCAAUAUUUUUUUAAACCUAAAUAGCUUCCAGCUAACAAACGUUUUCAUGUCAUUUUUUUAUUCUUAGUUUGUAAUUUUAUAUUAAUGCUAAUACAUAGUUCAAGCUAUAAGUACUAUAUAAUCACUUUCUACAUUAUUGUUUUAUGUAAGUACAUAACAUUUUGUGAUCAUGUUGUAUAGACUGAGUUUAAUAAAUGAACAAUAAUAUACUUACAAAGUAACCCUGAGAAGUAUUGUCUGCUUUAUAGCAAUAAGGAUUUCACAAUACGUAAGGGCUUAGUACGAGUUUAUCUUACGUUUAGCGAGAUAGAAACGAGAGCGCGUUCGGCGCUGUGAUUGGUUGGUUCAUUCGCACCGGCCAAUCAGAGCGCCGAAUGCGCUCUCGUUUCAUUUUCGUUCAACGUAAAGCAAACUCGUACUAAGAGUACUGAUAAAGUUACUGUAAACCUGAGACACAUUUUGAUAUAUUUCAAAUUAAAUUAAAUAUCUAGACAAAAACAUAAUCAGACAUUGUGAAUCAGGCUUUAACUGUAUAGAGUAUGUCCUUAUAAUUAUUUACUGCAAAAAUAUUCUUUACUGGUAACACUAAAGGCUCAGCUUGCUUUACACAUUACAAAAAGCUUUUGUGUAAUAUGCUACUAUGAUGUAAUUAUUGCUUCGAUUUUAUUUGUAUGUAAGUUCAAAAACUUAGCGCCGUUGAUUAUUUUCAAAAUACAUUUUGUUCUAUAAUUUAGUAUUGUUUAUUUCAUAUCAUAUUCGUCAUUACCUAGGUAUUUUAAUGUAUUAUAAAAAUAUAUCUGUUAUGGUUUACAGCAUGCCUAAUAUAGACUUACUUUCUAAUAAUAAAUUGUUGUCAUAUACAGCUGUAUAUAUGUAUUAAUUGUAAGGGACUUUUAGUAAUGUGCAGUACCUAUGAUUUUAUGUAAAUAACAGAUAACAUAGCUAGGAAGCAUAUUUAAUCUAAUUAAACUUAAAUUGUGGUAUGCUGUAACUGAACAGUAUCAAUGGUACCAAUUAGAUGAGUAAUUUAUGGUCAAAUUAACUUACAAAAAGUCCCAACAAUUUAUUGAUAUGAUAAAAAAAAUAUUACAAUGCUGUGACAUUUCCAAAUAAUAAUAAGACAACAGCUUUAAUUUCAGUUAUUUAACAUUAAUUUAUUUAUAUGAUUUUAUUAUCAUAUUGAAUUGAAUGCUAUUUACAUGAGAAUAAAUUAUUAUGAAAAGA